AUGAACCUAACAGCCAAAACAGUCAAAACUUGCUCCAGGCACUUUAUAAGCCUAGAUGAUUAUGUGACAAGGUUAGUACUCAGGAAGCAGUGGAUAUUUCCUCGUCGUUUUUUGUGUAAGCUACAAGUUAAUUAUCAUAAACUACUUAUGAAUUUGUUGAUAGAUAAGUGGAUAGAGUCUGAUUUUUGGUCUGGAGUAUGUGGUAAUAACUGUGGCGGUGGUGGUAUUUGCCAGAAAAAAUUGGCAGACAAAGUGAUCGCAGACAGGAACGAUGGCGAUAGCGAUGGUUGCUGGAACUGGCGCCAGCCGGAAAAGGAGGAGAUCACACAUGAAAAGAGAAAACCAUAUUACAUUCUCAAACAUUUGGAAACUCGGCUAAAGAAUAGAGACUGGACAGGUCACGGAGGAUCAAACCAUGCUCUACAUAGUAGAUAUCAUGUUGAAGUUGUGAGAUUUCAUACAAAUGAUUAA